UUACUAUAUGCGUCGAGGGCUCUUCCUCUGGACUUGCAGGCGCUUCCCCAUGUUCUGGAGCAAAUAAACGACCUGCUGAAGCCGACAACCAUCGAUGGCGCCGUGUACAAUGAGCUUUCACGGGUGCAUCGAGUUCAUGGAGCGUCACGCCCCAUAACGGUGGGGGCAAUGGAUGGAGCUGCUACUCGGGGGCGACUCGAUAUCGUCAGAACGUUAAAUAACACGAGGACAGAAGGUUGUUCCAGUAAGACGGGUGUCGGCGCUGCGGCUAAUGGCCACUUGGACGUAUUGGAAUGGCUUCACAAACAUUAUCCAGAGAAGUGCAAUCUUGAAGAGGAAAUCGUAGCUGCCGCGAAGGGCGGCUGUGCGGAGGUGGUUCAAUUCCUA